AUGUCCAACACUACCUCCAGUACACAGGCCGCCUCAUUGUCUUCUCUUGCAUCUAACGACAAGCCCAUCGUCUGGGCCCAGGAGGGGCCUCUUAACGCCGGUCCUUGGAGGGGCCCCUCCGCUGGCCCCUGGUCUUACACACAGCCUCGUCUCGAGAUCCUCCUCUCUGCUGGUAUGACUGGGGGCCGGCGCAUUGCCUUGCUGUGGUGGCCGGGGUAUUGUCUUGUUGGUGUGGCCGGCGCAUUGUCUGUUGUGGCCGGCGCAGCGCCGGAGGCUGGAGGUGUGUAA